ACAUUCAGCUUCUGCCAAGAAGACCGACACAAGAAGAGGAAGAAAAAAAAUCAUCCUUUCAAUCCCAUCACAGCGCGAGGAGGAGGAGUCAGAGAGUGAUGCUCGCUGCAGGUGCCAACAAGUGAGAGGUAACAGAGACCGAGAGCCGGCGAUGGAGAGGAGUCUGUGAGCGCAGAAGAAGAAGAAGAAGCUCCGAGAGAAACCAAACAGCCGGUGUGUUUUCAGUCCUGCUCCACUUCUUCUCGUCCGUUUCUCUGCUGCCAUGUUGUGUCCUGUGCUGCUUUGUGCCACCCUGCUCCUCCUGACACCUCUGGAGAUCACGGAGGCUCGCGCUCUGCACCCUUCUCCUGAUGCUGUGCAGUUCAUGGAGCAGUUCCUGGAGCACUACAAUGACCUUUUGACCCUGGACGACCUGGAGAACCUGUUGAACAGCCAACCGGAGGAGCAGUCCGCCCUCUCCUCGGGGGCCAAAGCGGCCGAGUACCCCAAAUGGGCCGACGCACAACCGCAGGCGGAGACCCCCUGGCUGCGCCUGCUGAAGGGGAGUCUGGUCAAUCAGAAGCGAGCAGAGCCGGACCGGUCACGGAGGGGAUGGAACCGAGGCUGCUUCGGGCUGAAGCUGGAUCGGAUCGGCUCCAUGAGCGGACUGGGCUGUUAGUGGACAGAACAUAAAGACUGAUGACGUCCUUCUUAGAGUACAAUAAGGAAACAAACACGUUCAUGAGCAGUGAGGGAGGUGUCCAUGCGUGUUCACUACAUGUAGUACGCUGUGAACUCGUGCUUUCAUCCAGCGUAGAUCACACGCUUCACGCGGGCUGUUGUAGCGCACAGCUGUAGUUUGUCAUGUGUGAGUAUUAAACUGAAUGUUAUGUCGACUGUAGUGACAUCAGAUCAUCCUCUCUGUUUGUUGGGCUUGUGUUCUUUAAGUGAAUCAACACUUUAUGUAUUUCUAGCGUUUGUCUUGCAGUAAAUGUGAUUAGACAAGUGUUAAGCCUGUGGGAGGGG